GUUCCCAAUAUGUAGUUAUAUCAAUUCAAACAUUUUCAUCUCUAAUCACACCUUUCUGAAUUUGAAAAUAUAAUAGAUAUAGCGAACAUUUCUGUACCUGCCUCAACCAUCCACACAUCUGUCUAUACGAGCACCACCUGUUAACUAGUUUUAAAAAUUCACAAACAAAAAAUGAUUCAGUUCACAACGUUUAUUAAGAUGGUGUUGCAAAAGACGCAAAAAUUGAGCCGCCUACGCUCCCUGGGCAUUGUCACGGUGGGCGCCACGGCCCUCUAUAUGGGCCUAACGGCUUACCACAAUCAGGAUCAACUAUUUCGCACAUUUGUCAUGCCUGCAGUGCGUCUGCUGCCGGCCGAGACGAGCCAUAAUUUGGCGGUGUUGGCGUGCAAGUACCGUCUCUACCCGGCCACCGACUACACGGACGAUCUCAAUUUGCACAGCUCGUUCUUUGGUCGCCUCGCUAGCAAUCCCAUUGGCAUAGCAGCCGGAUUCGAUAAGAACGGUGAAGCUGUGCUGGGUCUGAAGGAUUUGGGCUUUGGCUUCAUUGAGGUGGGCAGUGUGACACCCCUGGCCCAGGCGGGCAAUCCAAAGCCGCGAGUCUUUCGGUUGGUCAGCGACCGGGCCCUAAUCAACCGUUAUGGCUUCAAUAGCGAUGGCCACGAGGUGGUGGCGCAGCGCUUAAAGGAAAUUCGUGAACGAGAGGACUUCAAUGCCAUUGUGGGCGUUAAUCUAGGCCGCAAUCGUGACACACUGACUCCAAUUAGUGACUAUGUAAAGGGUGUCCACACAUUUGGACCUGUCGCCGACUAUCUGGUUGUGAAUGUCAGCAGUCCCAAUACGAAGGGACUGCGCAACAUGCAGAGUAAAAAGGAGCUCACCGAACUGCUGGAAGCAGUCAAUAUAGCUCGUGGCAAGCUCAAGACGAACCAGAAAGUGCCUAUUCUGCUGAAGCUAUCGCCCGAUUUGGAAACGGGCGAAUUGAAUGACAUUGUCGCAGUCAUCAACCAGAAGAAAUGCCGCGUGGAUGGUCUCAUUGUGUCCAAUACCACCGUCGCGCGCGACAAUAUCAGCGACCUGGCAUUGGCCAGCGAGGCGGGCGGUUUGAGUGGAGAACCGCUGCGGGAACGCUCGACCAGGCUGAUCGCCCAGAUGUACUCAUUGACCAAGGGCAGCCUGCCCAUCAUAGGCGUGGGUGGUGUUGCAUCCGGUCAGCAUGCCUUUGAGAAAAUUGAGGCUGGCGCCUCGUUUGUUCAAAUCUACACAGCACUUAUAUACGAGGGCCCUGAACUGGUAGAACGCAUUAAGGGGGAGCUCUCAUUGCGGAUCAGCGAAUUGGGCUACACGUGCGUCAAGGACGCUGUAGGUUCCAACUACACCAAAUAUCUGCCCUCAUCCAAGUAAUAAAAUUGUGUGUAU